GCGCAGCGGGACACCAGGUGGACGGGAGGAGAGCACUGGCGGCGCACGCGCGCGGCGCCUCUUAGCACACGCGGAGACUUGAGGAGGAACCUGUUCAUAUGGCGCGAAGCCGCUCUCCCGCGCGACCUCUCGCCCGCCUGAGAGCCCGCCUCGCCUUUCCGCACGCCCCCUCGCCCGCCCCAGGGCCCCUGGCGCACCACACACGCUGGUGGCGCUGCGAGCGAGCGAUUCCGACGCCGCCGCCCGCCGCUGCGACGGCGUCACCAUCGGCGAGAAGUACAGUGACCGCUACGACAACGUGGACGUGGACGCGAUCUUGAACAGCCAGCGCCUGCUCAAGGCGUACGUGGACUGCAUUAUGGACCGCGGCGCGUGCACCAAGGAAGGCUGCUUCCUCAAGGCUGUUGUGCCCGACGCUCUUGGCAACGAAUGCUCCAAAUGCAACGACAAGCAAAAGAGAAUUGCGGGCAAGAUUCUCUCCAAUUUGCUGCAGUUCCACAGAGAUGGCUACUGGAAUGAGAUCCUUAACAAGUAUGACCCUACCGGGGAAUUUAGGAGGCGUCAUGAAUGGACCGAGGACGACGAUGAAGACCCGGAAGACUAGCACACGAAGGACGUGCUUCGAGGGGGAGAACGGCGUCAGUCUUCUUUGUUACCCUCCCUAACAGAGAAACUUCCUUUUAUGUACACUAUUCGCAUUUGAUCCAAAGAAUCUUCACAAAACACCCUGCCGAAAAAUGUAUUGCACUUCCAGGUGUAAUGAUUGUUUUAAAUUUCAUCUAAAUGUGCGAUUUAGAAAUAAAAUGUACGAAACUGAAAUCAAGGAUAUGUUGAAAAAUAAAAUGCAAUGAUACUUUUAUUUCAUUCUUUCAGAUAUACCAUUUCAGAGUACAUAAAUUACUUACAAAUACUGAUAAUAUUUUAUUUUCUUGAAUAUUUACAGAAUACAGGCAAUCAUUUAAACUGAAAUACUUUUAGCAAAAAUGUUCGACUUGAAUAGGUGAAGUUUUUGGUAAUUGGUAAUUUUCCAUAUAGUGGAUAAAAAGUUUAUUUUUAAUAAAAAAAUGAAAUUAUUUCUUAAGAGCAAAUUAUUUUCUUUAUUCAUUUUCGUUUAAUCUCUGUGACUCUCUACUUUUGUAAUUCAUUUACGGAUUUACUUGCCCAAAAUACCGAAGUUUCAUAGUCGUGGUGUGAAAUAUUUUGUAAAGCCUGUACUUUCAUCAAAUAUCUAAUGUGGAAGUUUUCUCUGAAAAUACAGUACAAUAUGAUGUAUGGUAUUUAGAUUCUAUAAAUAAAAAAUAUUUGAAACCCUUAAU